AUGGUAACGAGUGUUAAUGAUAAUAGUAACAAUAAUGAUAAUGAUGCCGAUACUAACACAUAUUUACCUGUACAUCAAAAUUUAUUGUUAUCCAAUUGUUGUCCAACAAAACCAAAACGUUCAAAACUAUCAUUUCAUUCAUUUUCAAAAUCAAGACGGAAAUCAUUUAAUUUAAUAGCACACAUGAAAACAAUAAAGACUGAUAAUAAAAAAAGACAUAGAGGAUUUUGUCGUGCAUUAUGUUGUACAGAACUUCAUAUUAGCGAAAGUCAAUCAAGUGUCCAUAGUAUAAAUCGAAAUAAUCUGAAUUAUACUCACACAACAACGGCAUCGUCAACCGGCUUGACCAAUGAUUUGUGUUUGUAUUCUUCAAACAACAGUAACGAUGCUAAAACAACACCAGUUCAUACACGAAAAUCCCACUUAAAUGAUUUUUUAACUACUGCUCCCAUUGGUAAUAACAAGUCAUCUCGACCAUCGGUAAAUGUUGUUUUAUUACAGCAUAAACAAGUAGCUUCAUCAUCUUCUCCAUCUCAACAUCUUUUCCAGCGUCCACUUUCAUCACCAGCUUCAUUACAUCGUUCUCAAACUUAUGUAUUACAACCGCAUAAUAACAAUAAUAAUAAUAAUAAUGUUUCAUCACCAUCACGAAAAGAAAAAAACAGAACGCCAACUUUAUCUGAGACAGAACAAAAUGCGGUAAAAAUUACGUCGAUAACCGCACCAUCAUUAAAAAACUCUCUUAUAUCUGAUCAACAACAGCAUUCUGCUGUCGUCAGUAAACCACCAUCGAUACAAUAUUCAAACCAUGAGAGGUUAAAUAAUAAUAAUUUUGUACCCCGAGCACAAAUAAAAAUCACCUCAGACUCAUUGAUGAACAAAACGAUAAACUGUAAUACUCGUACGUCACAAAAUACAUAUAAUCAACCCUCAUCGAGCAGAAUUCAAGCGAAUCGAAAUACAAAUCAAAAAAUUCCUUCUCGUGUCACAAAUGGUGUUUACCAAAAUGUUGUUCCCAUCUCUAUUGUUCAAAAUUCUCCAAUAUCUAACAAUCGUUCAUCUACUCUAAAGCAGUCACCUCGAGUACAUUCCGACCACCAAAAUCAAGUACGAUCGCUGGUAGUAAAUGAUUCUCUCAGAGUACAAUCACGUUAUCCAUCAGCAGAAUCUCCACCAUCGACUGGUAAUCGACGACGUUACGAUAAAACGAAUAUUUCGCUAGGGAUUAAUGGCGGUCGUGGUAGUCCGAAAACAGCAGAAUUAAAAUCUGUGAGCGCCCAUGUGACACGAACGAAACACGUACCAACUACUGUAAAUAAAGAUCGUAAUUCUCAAGUGAUCUCCGAAACAAAAAUGUCAUCUACAAGAACUACGACUAGUACUAACGCAUCAUCAUCCAACUACUCUUCUGUAGAUAAAAAACAAACAGUUAUCGAUUCACUUCGUACAGCAUCUAGUCAUACGAAACAGCAUUUAUCUGAUAAUACUAAACCAAAGAUCACUCAAAAAACUUCUCAAUCACAAAGAGUAUCAAAUAUUGAUGAAAUUAUCAUGAAACAACAACAACAAGAAAAAUACAAAGUUGAAACUCCUCCGAAACCCCGUUGUUCGACACCCUCUCCAAAAUUGAUCACUCCCCCACGCGAAAAGACACCAUCGACUGACAAUGACGUCUGCGCUUUCUCAUUACUCGAAAAUGAUGGAGAUUAUUCCGCAUUCUCAAAUGAAAUAUAUCAGGAUUCGUCAAACGAAGAAAAAAAGAACAGUUCGACACUAAACACUAUUCUAAAACCAAGUAUAUCGGAACCGAUAUCAAAAUUAAAAUGUCAACAAUUACGCCCAUGUUUUUCGUCAGAUGUUGUGCGUCCAACCAUAACACUUGUGCGUCCUGUUCUCAGUAAUGAACUGAAAAUAUUUAGUUAUAGUUUAGAUGAACAUGACGUAACAAAAAAACGAAGUUUUGUUAGUGAAAAUAAAGAUUCGGGUUUUGAUUCUCUUACCAUAAAUCGAACACAUUCGACAACUAUCAUCGAAGAUGAAACAAAACUGUGCACAACAACAAUCACAAGUACGACAAAUAACACAUUAAAUGAUUGCAUAACAAGUUUUUUAUAUGACGAAGAAGUCGACAGCUCUUCAGAAUCAUUUACAAGUUUACAUAUUCAUACAAAAGAUCAGCGUUUAUUGUUUGUUGAAGAAAAUCUAAAAGCGACGUAUUCCAUUGAUACCGAGUAUGGUAGACAAACCCCAUCGCUCGGGUCCGAAUCAUUGUCAUUUCUAUCAGGUAUCGUUCCCGAUUUAUCAACAGACAGUCUAAAUGAAGAUAAAGAACAUGAGAGGAACGAUAUUGGUAACAUAGCGAACGUAAGUGGAACAGACAAUAAUAAUGAAUAUCUGUCGACGCUAGCUUCAACAGGAAAAUCGACAGAAACUUAUGGACCCUUAAUGACAUGGUCACGUAUUAAAUCUACUCGUUCAUCAUGUGAAAAUUCAUGUGACGAUAUUGAUUGUUAUUCAUCAUCAAAUAAACGUCAUAAAAUAUCAUCAUACUCAAGUAGAGAAACACUUGAGGGACGGAGAUACUCAAUAAGUCCACAAAUGUAUGACGGACACUAUCGUAAACGGGACGUAAGAGUAGCCCCGAAUGGACGAUAUUUUCUUUUGAUUGAUAGUAACAAUAACAAUGGUGAUAGUUCAUCGUCGGUUGAACGUUGUGGCUCAGAUGAAUUUCGAUAUACAUCAAACUAUGAGGACGACAUAUAUCCAAGUAGCAGUGUUUCUCCGCCACUUGUACCGUCGUAUCUUCGAAGAAAAUCCGAUGAGAUACAGAUUCGUUCUCAAAGUGCUGAGCCACAAGCAACUGUUUCAACAGCAGUUAUUAGAAAAAUUCGUUCCAUACCCUCUCCUUACUCUUCUUCGAAAAAAGUACCAGAUGCAGUACGCGAAACAAAUCAAGGAUUGUCGUCGACGUUAAUAACAGCACCUAAUGAGAUAUCGCAUAUUGUUCGAGCUACACCCGUUCAAGUUAUUCUAUCACCACCACCAGUAACAGAUAUAAAAAAUAAAACGCCGCCCGAGCCAUCGUUGAAAACACCUACGGAUAGUCGACAAUCGUUGAAUAAAAAACCUGCAAGACGUCUGGUAUUUCCAUCACGUCUUGGUCGUAUAUUAUUUUUUCGUCGUGUUUUAUCCGAUUCAGAUAUUUAUCAAAAAGUAUGUUCAAAAGAAAAUGAAAUUCGACAUAAUGUCUACCAUUUAGACACAAUUAGAGAUUAUUCAAUGGAAUAUUAUAUGAUAACGACGUUUGGAUCAGAUUCUCAAUUAAGAGCAUGGAUGGAUGAUUAUUUGUGUUUUCGGCCAGAUGAUGAAGAGAAUCAUGAUGAUUUUAAUCGUAUGACGAGUAGUAACGAUGAUGAAGAAGAUGAACUGGAAUUCAAUCAACCAAUGGGUGAUGAUGAACUCGACUGGUAUAGUGAAGAUCUUGAAUCAUUUAAUAUUUCGAGUCAAUUGAUGAGCGUGAAUAGCGAUGAUAAUGUCGAAGAAUUUCUCCGUUGCCAACAACUUUCUGUAUCAAGUCUGGCUACGUCAAUUGAAUCAUCUAGUUCUGCCGGAUUUGAAGUGGGUGUAUCAUCAUCUUGGCCAAUAUCAACAACUGAACAAUCUAAAAUUUAUUCAAAAAAGAGUACUACUCCUUCUGUAUUCAAUCGUUGUCCUCGUCAACAGAACGAUGUAUCAACAGCAACAAAUGUCGAAAUGACUAAUAUCGAUGAACAACGUUCUAUACUUCAAGAAAUUUUAAACUAUUCCUGGGGUAUUCGAGAAGUAAAUAGCAUAUCAUCUAGUGUAUCGUCAACAAAUGAUUAUUUAAAAGAACAACAACAUUCAAAAAUGAAAUCAAAAAUAAAUAAUAAAAAUGAUAAGAGAACAUCGAUGUGUUCUCUAAGUGAUCCGGCAUUAAAUAAAUCGAAUAUGUUUGAUACGAUAGAUACCACUAAUUCAUCUAUCGAACAAAAUUCCUAUUUAAAAGAUGAUCAAUUUCGAACAGAUUUUUAUUAUUUAUGUCCAUUGACUCGUACAUCAAGUUUUCCAAAGAUGUCAAAAGAACAAGAUUUGACUACAAAUAAUAAUGACGAUAUCAAAGUACAACAAAAUAAUGAACAACAAAUGACUAAUAUAAAAACAACAAGACAAUCUAAUAAUAAUAUUUAG